CGUUCUAGUCUCACUGGACACCGCCGCUGCUCGCGAGACGACGCGGACACGCCGCUCUCUUCCAUAACCAUAAUAAUAUAUCAUUGCUAUCAAUAUUAAUAUAAACGGAAAAAAAAAAUUUCAAUCACUAUUUUUCAUUUUUUUUCUCGAUCGAUCGGUUCGAAUCUCGCGCACGCCGCGUCAUCGUACUCUAGAUGAAUAGGUAUAUAAUACCAUGUAUAUAAUUAUACAAUACGCGUAAUAUAUAAUAUAUAAUAAUACGCAAGUAUAUCGUAUACGCGUAGUACCAGUAUACACGUGCGUACGUUGUAUUGUACAUGCAAUUUUUGAACUUGAACCGUCACCGACAACUGUUACCAUCGCACCGCCGUCUAUCGGGGGCGACGCGCGCGUACCGAUAAUACUGCACUGUCACUGCAGGCGGCGAGGUGUGCAAAAUAAUAUAUUUUUAUCAUUAUUGUUAUUAUAUUUUCAUUGCGAUACGACGUCCGAGUGAUUGCUAUUACUGUCAGCUGUACUAUUGCCGUUGAGCUCGGUCGCCGUUUACGUGGCGGUCCGGGAAAGGAGCGAUCGAGGACGCCGUGCUGUUCGCGUACAGCCGGCGCCGGACGUACUGAGCGUCGUUCGAGGCGCGCGCGGUACGCCGGGCCGCUAGUGGGGACCCGCCGCACGGGAAAUCACGUGGCUCGCUGCCGGCGGAACACGUUUGUGCACAAAAUAUAUCGCGGCGGCGGUGGUGCGUGCGUGAGUGCGUUCCGUGCGUACGCGCGACCGCGUUUUCGCCAUCGGUCCGGGCGACAUCCGAACGGCGGCGGCAUAAUACACGAUUAUGGUGGUGACGGCGCUGCAGUUGUGUCGCACAUGAACGCGACGACUGCAUCCGGCCGGAAGCGCACUCGUGCCGCGAGCGACCGCGCCAACGCUGACGGAAACACCGAGACCGACAGAAGCGACAUAGGACCGCGCCCACGUGUAUCAGCCUCUUACCCGGAAAUGCCGUCCAGCAGACAUCACCACCAUCAUCAGCAUCAGCAGCAGCACGUGCAGGUGGUGACUUCCACGGCGGCGGCUGCGGCGCAGCUAUCCGUCAAGGAGAAGCAGCGGUUGUGCACCAACUGCAAGAACCACGGGCUGCGCAAGGUGUGGAAGAAGCACAAGCGGUACUGCAAGUACCGGGACUGCCCGUGCCUCAAGUGCAUGAAGACGGCGGCGACGCGCAAGAACUGCGCCGAGCAGACCGCCAAGCGACGGGCCCGACAGGAGGACGAGCAGCGCGAACAGGAGCUCCAGCUGAACCCGGACAACUUCAUGGACGAGCGGCCCAUACCGUACCAGUCGGACGCCACCACGCCCCAGUUCUGCAACAGACAGAACAUGAGCGAGUCCUCGCAGGUCGGUCGGUCAUCCACCCCGAAGGGGACGAUGUCACCGCGGACGUCCGAUUUCGACGACCACGACAGCUCGUCCAUAGACAUCGGUGACGGAUGUGACGGCGUUGUCGGUGACGGUGACGGCGGUGGUAACGGCGGCGGUGACGGUAUGGACGUGGUGAGGGACGACGUCGUCGACGAUCGCAGUCAUCUGCCCGGCGGCGUAGGCAAAAAAGACAUCGACGCAGAUUCCAAACCCGAGAUAAUGAGUGAUCAAAUCGAGCACGUCAAGACCAUAUUAAAGGAGUUAGUCGGCCGCACCAAAGAUUUUCAAAACUUAAAUGCAUUCCGUCUGUUCAUAUUGCAACACAACACGUACGACGUGGACAAAGCGACCAUGUUAAUUAAACGAGGUGUACGUAGUAAACUAUUGAAUCAAAUUAAAUUGGUAUACAGAACACUCAUUUUGAGCGCGACUUGCUCUUUUAAACAUACACUAAUUAUUCACGAUAAAUUACUUUAGAGUCGCGCCGAUAUCAAACAGUUAUACUAAUAUUUAUUGAUUAUUACAUGAUAUAAUCAACAAUUAGCUCAUGGAAUACACAUUUUUUAUUUUAUUUAAACAAAACGAUCGUGUGUUACGCGACGUUUUAAGAGUAACUUCGAUGACGAAAACGGUCCUUUGCAAGUAUCUAUUAUUUAACGCUUAACUUAAAUUCCGGCAUAUAUACGGCCAAACGUAAAUUAUACUCUUAUUAAAUCAACAUGUGUAUUAGGUACGAUCGAGUCGGCUCGGUGUCAAUCGGGCCUCGAUUCUCGUUCCAUACACAGUCUGUUUAUGUUCAUUAAUUAUUCCUCUAUUUUAAGUACUGUACGGCAUUGUACAAUUGUAUUUGUUUUUGGUUUUGAUUCAAUGGAAGAUUAUUAGAAAAGGAUCGGUGUUUUGUGAAAGGUUUGGGUGUUAAUUGCAGAGCUUGACAGUGUGUUUCCUUGGACUCUGCCCGCGGUAAACACACCGGACAAUGACGCAAAAGGGAUGUUUUUUUUUUGUUUAAUCAUCAUCGUUACUAUAUAUGUUACUAUUACUAUUGUUGUACUACUCGCUUUUUUUUUGUCGUUGUCGUUGACGCAUAAAGAGUGUACAACACCGGUCAACCCACCGGAUAUCCAGCCAGAGGCUGUGCAGAAAGUCCGAUUGUCAAAUACACGCCCGACACAAAUGUGCACGGUGCCGGGGCUGUGCUGCAAUAACGCGCACGCCGCGUGUGACCGUAUAAUCCUGUGUUCGUGUGCGUGGCGCGAGUGUGUGCGUUUUUGUGUUAAUAAAUAUGCGCGUUCCGAUUAAGUAUGUGCCACUAGCAGCAGCCCAUAUCAGACUAAGACAUGUAUUACUAUUGUACUGAAUAGAUGAUGAUGAUAUUUAAUUUUCUCGGUCCCUGGUACAAUAAUAAUAAUAAUAUAUUAAACAAUACUUAAUAUAUUGCAGUGUUCAAUCGAGUAUUUACAAUAUUAUCAGCAUUAUUAUUAUUAUUAUUAUUUUUUUUUUUUAACUUAAAACGUUUACUAGGGCUUUUUUUUAAAUUACACAUUACAUAUCUUACACACAUACCUAUAUAUUUAUUAUAUUUAUUAUAAUAACUUGUAUGUAUUUUUAUAUAGUUAAAUUAAUUUUGAAAAUAUAACACCAACGACAUUAUAAUAUAAAACAAAAUUCGCUUCUGAGCCUCAUUCAAGACAUAUUUUUUACUUAUUUUAAUUUAAAGUAUCCGUACUUUAAUCAUUUUUCAUCAUCCGACAUCAACCAGUUCAGACUAAAAGAAAGUGCACCAAAAAGAUCAGUAAUGAAUGUUCACCUAAUCAAAAUAUACGGGACCAAGAGUGAAGCGGCCUCAUCUACCACUAUCUAUUAGUUUCAAGUACCAUCAAAUACGUGGUUACAGAUAUAGCUGGAGUCUUCAACUAGCAGCAUCAUAUCUAUUAUCUUGGACUUGUGUUCAGCUGUGGCACACACUCACAAAACAUAUGAUGACAACAACAACAUCUAGAUUGUAAAGCAUUGUGAG